UCAUGAUUGAAUGAGGAGGUGAAACCAGGAGCUGAGGAAAGUUCCUUGAAUAACUGCAGCCUAUGGGACUCUCUCCGCUGAUUACUUUUCUCAAGGAGGACCAGCUAAAUCCCAUGGCUUGAAAUGUAACUUCUUUGGAAGGCCAGGCUGAUCACUUGUUGGACGACGUCGCCUAAUGUUGUUGUGCUGGCGGAUACCGGACUAUCUCCGGUCCAUCUUGAAUUGCUUUUUCUUCGUUUUACUGUACCUAAUUCGUAAGUAAAUCACCUGUUUUUUCCAUUGCUGGAUCCAAUUUCAAUCUCACAUUCUAAGCUCCCAAUUCCCCAAAUUUAAUAAUUCUCCGUUUCCAGAUAUCACAUCGUGGUCACAGCAUGCGUCAAAACGGAGAUUUUCUUUUGGCCUCCUAAUCGGAAAACAUCCACCCAUCAAAAAUGCCCAAGUACAGUAUUCUGCGAUACGCAACGCAGUGACAGUGUCACUUCAAUAUGACAUAUGUGGCUCCAACCCCAACAAAAUAUGCAAACAACCGCACGAUUCCGCCCCCAACAUUACAAUUCUCCAGAUCUAGUACGACGACCAAACACGGCCGAACCUACAACUCGGGCCCUCUCCAACUCUGUCUCUCCUUGCAAUGUGUAACGGCGUUCGACCAAAUCGGCGGAUCAUGCAUUGCGCUACUUCUAUCCGUAUUGCUCUGAUCAAUCGGUAUGCAUGUUCCCUGAGUCACACGGCGCUGUUCUGGAAGUCGGACGAUGGGAUCGUUGAGGGGAUAUGAUCGGAUCUGAAAGAGGUGUCAAGGCUGCGGGCCGCGAGUCGCAGUGUUACACGCGAGAUAUCGGUACUCGAAAUUUCUGUAUCACGCCAGGUCGAGAAAAUGUGGAGAGGAAAGAUGGAUUGAGAUAGAC